CAUCCAAGAAGACUAUAUAAUGCUUUCCUGUGGGCAAACGAGACGGUAAAGAUGUUGCGCAAUCUGGUUCUGUUAACUUUAGUCUUUAGUGAUGGACUUACAGCCUCAUGCGACCUUGCUUCAACUCAGGAGAAGAAGUUAAACAUCCUGAAUUUACUGGCAUGUUGGGAUGAAAACAGUAAUCGCGUCAGCUCAGAUUACUGCUCUAACAAUGGAGUUAAUGACUACAGAUACAGAAGCUGCACGGAAAUCAAGCAAUCCAACACAAACGCCAGGGAUGGGAUUUACACUUUGACAAGUGGUGAUGGUAUAGCCUACCAGGCGUUCUGUGACAUGACAACUGAUGGAGGCGGCUGGACUUUGGUAGCCAGUAUUCAUGAGAACAACAUGUUUGGCAAAUGUACUAUUGGAGAUCGCUGGUCAAGCCAACAGGGGAACAACCCAAAUAAUCCAGAAGGAGAUGGUAACUGGGCAAAUUAUAACACCUUUGGGUUACCUGAUGGAGCAACCAGUGAUGACUACAAGAAUCCAGGCUAUUAUGAUAUCUCAGCUAAAGAUGUGGAAUUGUGGCAUGUGCCAAACAAGACUCCAAUGUCUCAAUGGAGGGAGUCCUCUCUUCUAAGAUAUCGCACACAGACAGGCUUCCUUUCGGCUGAGGGAGGCAACCUCUUCAACCUCUACAAGAAAUAUCCUGUGAAAUAUAAUGUUGGCACCUGCCUUACAAACAAUGGACCGGCCAUACCAGUUGUGUAUGAUCUUGGCAAUGCGGAGAAGACAGCCAAUUACUACUCACCAAGUGGCAGAAGUGAGUUUGUUGCUGGGUUUGUUCAGUUCCGGGUGUUUAAUUAUGAAAAGGCAGCGCUCGCUCUGUGCCCUGGGAUAAAGGUGACUGGUUGCAACACAGAGCAGCAUUGCUUUGGAGGAGGAGGCUACAUUCCUCAGGGCGACCCCAAGCAGUGUGGAGACUUUGCAGCCAUUGACUGGGACGGUUAUGGGACACACACCGGAUGGAGUUCCAGUAAAGCGAUAACAGAAGCUGCCGUGCUGAUCUUUUACCGCUAACAUUAUUGUAUUGCUUCAAAAUAGGUGUUCUUGAAUGAACCAAUCAGUGAAUAUUUGUCUCCCUGCUAGAGGGUAACAAUGACAUGUCAUGAUAACGAAUAAAUAUUGAUAUCAGAAAA